AUGGCAGGGGGUUCCAUAGACCUGUCCCAGAGUGGCGGGUAUGAUAUCAACCUCUUCGCCAGCCCUCCCGACUGCAACUUCCUGUGCUCUGUCUGCCAUGGGGUUCUCAAGAAGCCAGUGAGGCUGCCAUGCAACCACAUCUUCUGCAAAAAGUGCAUCCUCCGGUGGCUAGCCAGACAAAAGACCUGUCCAUGCUGCAGGAAAGAGGUGAAAAGGAAAAAGAUGGUCCAUGUGAAUAAACUCCGGAAAACCAUUGGCCGUCUGGAAGUUAAGUGCAAGAACGCCGAAGCAGGCUGCCUGGUGACAUGCCCCCUGGCACAUCGCAAGGGGCACCAGGACUCGUGCCCGUUCGAGCUGAUGGCCUGCCCCAACGAGGGCUGCACUGCACGGGUGCCACGUGGAGCCCUGGCCGAGCACCAGCAGCAUUGCCAGCAAGAUGCCCGGCGGUGCUGUCCCCUGGGCUGUGGGGCCACCCUGGGUCCAGCCGAGCUUGCUGGCCACAACUGCUAUCGCGAGCUGCGUGACACCUGGAGUGAGCGCCAGGAGCGCAGCCGGACCCUGCUGCUGUGCCUGCUGCGGCGUGUGCGCCGGGUGCACCGGGCCACCAGCCUUGUACGCCGGCAGCUGGCCCAGCUUGGCAACUUCCUAGAGGAGGAUGAAGCCCUGCUCGCCGGCACCCCGCAGGAGGCUGGGGGCAUCCCAGAAGGCAGUGCCAGGGCUGAGCUGUGGGGGGCCCGGGGCCAAGGUGUAAAUGGAGGUGAAUAA